AUGCCCUUAUGAUAAUAAUCGACUAAAUUUGAAAAUCCAAUAACAAAAAUUUUAUUAGGGUUAUUUUUAUCCAAGAAUUCUCUUACGAUUUUGUGUAUUUAAAAAUUAUCUUUUAAUUAAAAUUAUUGGAUAACUAAAAAUCAUUAUGAAAUUGUAUCGUCGUAUAUGUGGGUAUGCCACUUCUGCUGUAAAACAAGAUGUACAAUAUCAAAUACCAAUAGCUGUGCGUUCCCUCAAAUCCAAUCCGAUUGAUCAUAAUCAAAAUGAUGUAUCCAAGUUCUAUACAAUUGAACCAAAAACAGUUAGUAAAAUAUUUCAAUCAGGCGGUCUACCAAAACCAUUUGUAGAACAGACUCAAGUAUUUGCCGAAACAGCUUUGAUGAUCCGUAAACCAGCUUUAGAAGUUAUCAACAACUUAAAAAUUGCUAACUAUGAAAAACCAGCUGUUCGCUAUCUAAUGUAUGGUAAAACUGGAAGUGGAAAAUCUCUUAGUCUUGCCCAUAUUCUUCACUAUGCACAUACUGCUAAGUUUAUACUAUUUCAUAUUCCAUAUGUACCAAUCUGGUUGAAGUAUGAUCGAAAAGAAGUUACCUGGUCUUCAACUAAAGAAGGCUUUGCUGAUAUACCAUUAGUUGCAGCGCAGUGGUUAAAACAUUUCCUCCAUCAAAAUGAAACCAUAUUACAAGAACUUAAUCUUACAACAAGCAAAGAAUAUACUUGGAGUAUUCGAGAGACAACACCUCCAGGAAGCACAUUAAAAGAUUUAAUUACUCAUGGAAUCAAUAGAGCUAAAUAUGCAUGUGACAUUAUGGAUAUUCUACUAAAUGAAUUAAAGAUGCAUUGUACAAACAAUAAGUGUAAAAUGAUAGUAGCAAUAGAUGGGUUUAAUGCUUUUUUCAAUGAGAAAACUGAUUUGAAAACAGAAGACCGUGUCAAAGUGAAACCCCAACAAAUUACUAUGGUUCAAACUGGUUUAUCAGCUGUAAAGUCGGAUUGGAAUAAUGGUGCUAUAGUUAUGAUUACAUCUCCUAGAGCAUCUUUAAAUACUAGAAGAGAAUCACACUUACCUAUUUACCUCAUUGGACGUGAAGGAUUUCAACUGAUAGAUCCAUUUAUCCCCAUAAUGGUACCAGAACUUGAUAAGAUAGAAUUCAAUAAUAUGUUAGACUAUUAUGAAGAAAAAAGAUGGUUACAGAAACCAGGAGGUAGGCAAGAAUUGGAGUUUCUCUCUUCAAGAUUACCUGCUGAAUUAAUGAUCCGUUGUGCUCCACUUUAAUAAUAAUAUUUUUGUUGCUUUGUUUCUUGUAAUAUAGAAUAGAAAUUUUGUAUUUAAA